CUUUCGAUAUUGCCACUAUGAACAUCUUCAAGAGUCUACUUGGAAAAGUAUGGCAGGACCCCAAUGCUGCCGAAGUCGUCAAGAUCGAGAUGGGCCAGUUGCACCUUGUCAGGCCGGGAACAUCCGGUCAUCAAGGGAAUGCAUCGACCAUACGCCGUGUCCCCGCACUCGACCACAAUUUUCAGCUGGUUAUUACACGAGUAUAUGAAGAUGGUGAUCAGGAGCUUCUCGAAGAUGAAGACGAAACUGAUGAAGAGAGGGUGUUCUUGAUCAGUGAAGAACUUGAAUUCCAUUCUGGGGUGACAGACGAUGAACCAACUUUCAUUUGGCGCGACCUCGAUGGGGAUGUCGACGAAUUGUACGAAUUCGUAGCCUUGGGCACCAACGAACCGACUCGUGCGUUCUUUGAGACUUGCAUGUAUCGCGCAAUGUACGAGCGCAAGUUCAAGGCAAGUGCGGAUAACACAAAGGACUCUGACUUGGAUCAGUUUAUAUGGCACACAAAAGCUAGGGGCAAAACCGGUAACCGGAAGUCGCCGAAGAAUCAACAAGACUUCGGGGACCUUCCAUCAGACACUGUGGACGACUCUAAUACGGUCCAGCCACGAGCGAUGCCGAAUAAGACGCCAAGUGCAGCGGCGAGGCCAUCCUUUGUGAGUUCCUCACUCCCGACAGUUACUUCUCAAGAAGGCCAUAUUUUCUCCUGGAACCUGGAAAUAGAAGGCUUUGUUGCUGAGCGCGAGGAAGUUAUUGCUGCCAAAAUCGUUGAGCGCACCCCUGGCAACUUCAAUUAUUGGCUCAUAAUCUCUGAUGAGGAUGGCGAUUUCGUUUCUGACAAAAUUUCUUCGGAUAUGAAUCCUCGCUGGGCACCAAAGACAUCAUCAUUAACAUGGAACUAUGCCAACGGCGGCAGAUAUGAUAGUUGGGCUCUGCAACUCGCAUCUACAGAAGCUUACGAUGAAUUUAAUAUCGUAACUCGGUAUCAAUAUGGUUCAAACUGAGUCUCACAGGCACGCUGUUGCAACCGACUUAGGAAAUUUCCAACACCAGUGAUUGGUCCUGGUCUGAACUUGACUCGACGAAGUUUUGUACAAUGAUUACAUUGUCUCAUCUUUCAUUACUAUCUGUCUCCAUAGUACAGUGUGCAGCCCUAAUGUAGC